AUGGCUGAAAACGAAAACGGCACCGAAGCAGCUUUGAUGUGCCCAAACGGAGUGCAUGGGGAGGUCAGGGACGACGCGUCGGUUAGAGUGAACUACGACCGUGCUUUGGACUACCUAGGCGGGUUCGGACCCUGGCAAAAGAGAGUGUUCUUCUUCAUCUGCCUGCCUAUUGGCAUCAACGCCCUCCAGUUAUUUGGUAUCGUCUUCUUGGCCGUCGAGCCCGACUUCCACUGCCGGGUGCCCCAGGCCAACUUCUCGGGGCAAGAGGCGACCCCGGCCGAGCUGAUGAACGUGACCAUCCCCUGGGAGAUGAGAGACGGGGAGUGGAAACGGAGUCAGUGCAAACGUUACAGUUACGGCCCUUCCGAAUCAACGUUCAACACCACUAACUAUGGAGACUUUGAGGAAAAACACCCUGCGGCCAACAGGUCGCAGAUUCCGUGUGACCAAGGGUACGAGUACGACACGUCCGAGUACAAGAGCACUGUUGUCACAGACUGGGACCUUGUUUGUGACAACAGUUGGAAAGUGAAGCUGGCUAAGUCUCUCUGGUUCGCGGGUAAAAUGGCCGGAGCGGUUUUGGGCGGACACGCGGCAGACAGAUGGGGCCGAAGACCAGUUCUGUUGGUGUCCCUGGCAGUUGACUACGUGUCCGGGAUAGCGUGUGCCUUCUCACCCAACUACGCAGCGUUCAUGGCCAUCCGGUUCAUCAUAGCCGCGAGCACCACCGUCACAAGCUUGGCUCUUUUUGUGAUGGCACAAGAGCUGGUUUCCGCCAAUAAGCGGAGCAUGGUGGGGAUGGUCAUCUGGGUCCCCUUUGCCCUUGCGUACGUACUUCUACCCGGGAUCGCCUUCUUCAUACGGACGUGGAUGUGGCUGCAGAUCACCAUCACCAUGCCGUUUCUCCUCUUCAUAUCAUUUUGGUGGAUUAUGCCCGAGUCUCCAAGAUGGUUGAUCUCCAGGAAUCGCCACAAGGAGGCGGCGGCCAUCUUGCGGAAAGCCGCGGAAGUUACGAAGGUUACUCUGCCUGAUGAGGUGUUCCACGACACCAUCCCGCUGACACAGAAUGAAGAAAAGGCUAAGAAAAAGGAGAGGGUCUACACGUUUAUCGACCUGUUCAGAACCCCGAAACUUCGAAAGUGGACUCUGAACAUCUUCUUCAACUGGGUCGUCAACACCCUGGUGUAUUAUGGGAUAUCCCUCAACACGGCUGCCCUGAGCGGGAAUUUUUACUUGAACUUCGCCAUUUCCGGUUUCAUCGAGAUCCCGGCGUAUCUGAUCUCAAUUUUCAUCCUGGAUAGGUUCGGAAGACGCUGGCCUCUGUGUGCGCUGCUUCUGUUCGGAGGCGUCGCCUGUAUCGUGGCCUUCUUCAUUCCCAAACACCUUGGCUGGAUGACCACCACUCUGGCCAUGACUGGCAAGUUCUGCAUCACCGCUUCCUUCGCAGUUAUCUACAUCUUCUCAGCUGAGAUCUUCCCUACUGUAGUAAGGCAAAUCGGGAUGGGCAUGUCUUCCAUGACCGCUCGUGUCGGCGGCAUGGUCGCCCCGUUCGUGAAUCUACUCGGCAGCUAUUGGGCGCCGAUGCCUUACGUCAUCUUCGGAGGAAUGUCGAUCGCCGCCGGGCUGCUGACGCUGCUGCUGCCGGAAACGAUCGGGAGGAAACUUCCGGCUACCAUCGAGGAAGGCGAGAACAUCGGGAAGAAAGAUACCAUGGUGGACGAGGAGUGA